CCCUUAGUGCUCGAACUGGCGAGACAGCAGUUCACAAAGCUUUCCAUCAAAUGUUUUGAGGCGACAGGUCACAAUGAAGAGCCUGGUUUUCCUGGCUUUCCUGGUAUUAGUGGGCCCACAUGGCGCAGCCGCAGCGACUCACUCUCUGAAGUAUUUCUACACUGCGUCUUCUGGAGUCCCAAACUUCCCAGAGUUUGUGAUUGUUGGGUUGGUUGAUGAAGUUCAGAUGUUUCACUAUGACAGUAACACCAUGAAAGCAGAACCCAAACAGGACUGGAUGAGCAGAGUCACAGCAGGUGAUCCUCAGUACUGGCAGAGGGAGACUCAGAGCUCUCUGGCUGCCCAGCAGGUCUUCAAAGCCAACAUCGAAGUUGCAAAGCAGCGCUUCGACCAAACUGGAGGUGCACACAUUAACCAGAGGAUGUACGGCUGUGAGUGGGACGAUGAGACUGGAGAGCUUAAUGGGUUUAAUCAGUAUGGUUAUGAUGGAGAAGACUUCAUAGCAUUUGACAUGAAGACAUUGACAUGGAUCGCUCCAACACCACAGGCUGUCAUCACCAAACACAAAUGGGAUAAUAACAGAGCUUUGAUGGCACAGAAAACAAACUACCUGACCCAGAUUUGUCCUGACUGGCUGAAGAGGUAUUUGGCCUAUGGGAGGAGCUCUCUGCUGAGAAAAGAGCUUCCCUCAGUGUCUCUCCUCCAGAAGACUCCCUCCUCUCCAGUCAGCUGCCACGCUACAGGUUUCUACCCUGACAGAGCCCUGAUGUUCUGGAGGAAAGAUGGAGAGGAGCUUCAUGAGGACGUGGACCUCGGAGAGAUCCUCCCCAACAACGAUGGAUCCUUCCAGAUGAGUGUUGACCUGAAUCCUCCAACUGGAGACUGGGAGAAGUACGAAUGUGUGUUUCAGCUCUCAGGUGUGAAGGACGACAUCAUCACCAAACUGGACAAAGUGAAGAUCAGAACCAACGAAGAGUCGGACACUUCAUCAACUACAGGAAGUCAAGACAGCACCUCACUAUUGAUCUAGGUAUUUGUCCUCACAGAAGUUUGAAGAGGAGGGUGAACUCUGCUCCAUGAGAAAUGGGAAUCGGAAUUUAACUUUUUGGAAAAGAAAUAAACAUGUUUUAUUACAGUAAAGACACAAUCUGCUGCGUUGCUAGAUGCCACGCCUAUACACAGAACAUACUUAAAAUAAAAGCAUCAAUACUAACUAACGUAUUUUACAGUACAGUUUACAGCACACUGAUAAAAUACUUAUAUCUACUGCUAGUAUUUAGAGACAAGUAAUGUUUGUAUCUUUUGUAAAAAGUAAUUGAUCAAUGAUUCUCAAACUAACUUCUUGUGUUUGGUUAAGUAGAUAAACGUCAGAUGAAGUUGACCUGCUAUUUCAUUCUUUUGUACUGUUGAUUUGCUUUUUAAUAAAGUCCCAGAUUUUCUAAA